UCAGGACGCCACCUUUGGGCUCCUCUAUGACUUGCUUCAGCAGCAAUAACGCUAAUGGAUUUAACCAAGCUGGGUUUGUAUGGUAACGUAACGGCAAGAUCAUACACUCCACAUAACUUCAGUCCCAGUUUACUAAGCUUCUCUUCAUGCUUCGCCUUGGUGAGAAGGUGGGCAGUUGUGUGUAACAUCUGUGAGGCCAGACAAUUGGGUUUAGCACCGGGAGGAUUUUAUUAAAUGCUUCAUGCCACUUCUUGCAUGGCUUCUUGGAGAGGCAUGAACAUGGCAAACUGAAGGAACAAUCCGCUCAAAUCAGCCCUCUGGGGUUACCAGUGAGCCUUCUGGGGUUACUUAGAGGAGCGUCUGGCUCCAUCAGUAAAAACCCCACGGCACUGUAGAUGUACAGUUCGCUGGCGGCUAGCUCACGGAAAUCUCCUUUCACACAGUAAAGUCUUGUGUGGCCCAGGCUGACUUUGAACUGACCCUUCUGGCUUCAUCUCCCUAGUUCUGGGUUUGUAGGUGUGACAACACACCUGGGCCAAUAUCUAGUUUCUAUUUAUGUGUUUACUUGUUCAUUCAUUUUACUGCUUUCGUGACUUCUGGAAGGACUUCCUGACACUUGAGGGAACACCACCCCCACCCAACUCCCACCUCCGAGUUUUCUGAGCACGCCUGAGUUCCCUCUACCCUCCGAAAGCCCAAUCUGGAAAAAAAAAAAAACUGCAAACGCUACUUUCAUUACAUCUUGUCCAACUUUAGGAAAGUCAGAAUUGCCAGUGUGGGGAGCAGCUUUUAAGUGUCCUUUAGGAAAAGCUAGAGUAUGAAUGAGCCCGGCAGGGGGCAGGCUGGUCCGGCUGGAAGUCGCUUGCUUUCUGAGCUUACCAUCCCACUUCCUCGCUUUCCUGCCCCCGCGUGACUAGCUGUUGCCAUAGGGACGGGGCUUGGUUGGCAACGGUCACUAGGGAGCAUGGACAGGAGCCACUGGCAGUCUCUUGGGAUUCCUGGAGGCAGGACGACCCAAGGCUUUUGAAGAAAGAGGUGGGAGCUUCUCUGAAGGAACCAGAGCUGCUUCUGCUGAUUUCAAUGUGUUAGCACAUCAGGAAGCUGGCAUAGGAAAUAGAGGGGCCUGCUGAAUCUAUGUCAAACUUUCUGUAGAGGAAACUACAGAAGAAUGUCAGAUACAGAAGAAACCCCCCUAGAAGAAUCAAGAGAAAGUAAAGAAACAGAAAAAGAGGAGAAGGAGGAAUAUAAUCCAAGUUUUGAAGAAGAUCGUCUACAACAGAGCCUAACUGAUGGCACACUAUCAUGGGAGGAGUCUCAGGAGGACGGGGAGGGACUGGAGAAAUGGAUGGAGAAGGAGGAACAGAUAGAGGGAGAGGAAAUGAGAGGUGUAGAAGAAAGUGAAGAGAGAGGGGAAGAAGAGGAAAGAAGGGAGGAAGAGGAAAAAAGAUGGGAGGGUGAAGAGGAAAAGAAUGAGGAAAAAGAAAGAAGUAAGGAAAUGGGAGAUGAGGAACAGGAUCAGAAGAAAGAGGAGGAGUAUAAGGGGGAAAGGGAGGAGGGAAGAGAAGAGGAGGAGGAAGAGAAGAGUGGGGAGUGGGAGGAGGAGGAAAGUAUUGAAAAGCCGAUCCAGAUAGAUGAUAUUGUCAUCAGCCCUAAGUCAUCCAUAUCAGAGACUGGAACCUCAGCAAGUAGGAAGUCCUCCCAGUCCCAAAGUCCUGAAGUAAGCGAGAUUUACAAAAACAUCACCAUGAAAGCGGAUGAUAUGGAGGAAACUGGCCAGAAGCCUAAAGACACUUCAGCCCAAAAGGAGGGAGCAGGACUCUCCCCGGAAGAAAGACAAAAGUUAUUCCAGUCCAAAGAACUGGAUGCCAAGGAGUCCCUGGUGUCCGUCUCCACAGAGGACACCUUAUUCCAGAAGGAGGAGGAGCCCAAGGUGUACCCUUUGAACAUGACCUGGUCCUUUGGAUGGAACAGUUCCCUCCCUGUCUACUACAUGCGGGAAGACAAGAGAGUCAUUCUCUACAUCAGUGGCCACACGGCUGUCAUCUACAAUGUCUUCAAGAACACUCAGUACCAUCUUAAGGGCCACCCUAACAUCAUCUCUUGCCUCUGCGUCAGUGAAGACAGGCGAUGGAUUGCCACAGCUGAUGAAGGACCAGACUGCCUCAUAAUUAUAUGGGAUGCCUUCACGGGAAUCCCCGUGCACACCAUAUUUGACAGCUGUCCAGACGGUAACGGCAUAAGAUCAAUAGCCAUCACCCGUGACGCCAAGUUUCUGGCCACCAUCUCAGAUUCUGAAAGCCAGAAAGUGUGCAUUUGGAAGUGGACUUUGGCAGUGGAGACACCCACAUGCACCCUAGAGCUUCCUAAAGAGUAUGCUUUCCAGUUAAUAUGGAAGGCCUCGGCCCACUGUGGGCAAUGCCAUCCCUGGACAGAUGUGAGUCAGACUUCCCUUCCAAAGCCCUUACAUUCCUUCCAAGAUCUCCUGUGUCCCAGUCAGCUUCAGAAAUGUGCCUUCAUUGGCUUUUGUCUAAAAGACCACAGAAUAAAGAUUAUUAGUGACCGGGAAUCGGAACCCUCCGACCCCAUUUGGGCACACUGGCUCUGGUUUAGCCAGCACGUAGUGCUGCUUUUGGCAGCUUUGUCUUUAAAUAGUAACGUCUUUUUCUGUGCUUUUCAGUUUGAAGACAAGGGUAUACUUGCUUACAGCGCCCCGAUUUUAACAGAGAAAACGUUCAACAAACUUGUGGGGAAAUUUAGCCAGUCUGUUUUUCACUUGAAGUUACCACAAGUACUGUCAGCAACAAAGGAAGGGAAGCUGGUUGUCUGGGAUAUACACUAUCCGUCUUCCUCCUCCUCCAAUGCCUCGGACUUCCCUUUCAUCAAGCCUCGUAAACUGGUCCAUUUACAGAGGGAGGCCAUCACGGUACUCAUGACAAUUGACAGCUACAUUGUCACAGGUGACAUUAAGGGUAACAUUAAGUUCUAUGACCACACCUUCUCCAUUGUUAACUGGUACAGCAAGUUCAAACUGAGUGCCAUAAGAACUCUGUCCUUUUCAAAGACCUUCCCAAGCCCGCCGACUGAGAAAUCCAACCUCCCUACAGAUUGCACUCUAAGAGGCGACGUUUUUGUUGUCAGGAAUUUUAUCAUUGGGACAUUUGAUGCCACCGUGUACCACAUGACAGUGGAUGGCACCAAACUUGAGAAGCUCUUUGUGGAACCCAGGGAUGCGGUCUAUGCCAUCUCCUGCCACCCGUACCAACCCCUCAUAGCAGUGGGGAGUGUCUGCGGGAUGAUCAAGGUGUGGGACUUCGAGAAGAAGGUCUAUCUGUUCAGCAGGACUUUUGAGAAGGGGCUUGGAGUCCAGUGUCUGACCUACAACCCUGAAGGAGCCCUGCUUGGCGCUGGAUUCACCGAGGGGACAGUUUAUAUUCUUGAUGCAAUGUCUUUAGAAAAUGAAAGUUCAGAGCCUUUCAAAUAUUCCAAAAGCAGCGUGACUCACGUCAGCUUCUCACAUGACUCCAAUUACAUGGCGACUGCCGACGUCAGUUUCACCGUGGCUGUGUAUGUAGUGGUGGUCAAAAAUGGACAAAGGGUCUGGGAAUAUUUGGCAAGACUUCGCUCUCACCGCAACAGCAUCCGAAGCCUCCUGUUCGGGGUUCACCUGGAUAGCAAUGAGCCCAGGCUGCUGAGCCUUGGGAAAGACAGAUUCUUGAUCGAGUACGAUCUUAUCAAGAGCUACAAAGACCACCUGGACGUCCUGGACAUUCACCGAACAGACCAGGGCAACUACCCCACCUGCAUGAUCUGGUACCCGCCGCUCACCAAGGAGCUCUUCCUGCUCAUUUGCAGCAGCGGCUACAAAGUGAAGCUCUUCAAUGCCACCACAAAGAUGUGCAGAAAGACACUCCUUGGACCAGCGUAUGGGUCGCCUAUUGAGCAUGCGCAGGUGCUCCCUGUAAAAUCUACGCUAGACCUGCAGAAGCGAUACUUGGUGUUCAUUAACAAGGACAAGGUUGGGCUCCAGAUCUUACCGGUGGACGGCAACCCACACAAGACAUGUGCUGUCGUUUGCCACCCAAACGGGGUGGCCGGAUUGGCCCUUUCCUAUGAUGGCCACUUUGCCUUCACAGCGGGAGGCCAAGAUCGCUCCGUGGUGCAGUGGAAAAUUAACUUAGGGGCCCUGGAGGCGGCUGUCUCCCUCGGGGGUGAAGACUUGACCCCAUUCUAUGGUCUGGUGUCUGGUGGCAGGAAAGGAAAAUUCUACAGGGAGCUGGAGGACUAUUUUUACUACUCUCAGAUCCGCAGUCAAGGUAUCGAUACAAUGGAGACCAGGCAGGUGUCGGAACACAUUUGCCUGUCGGAGCUCCCUUUUGUCAUGAGAGCGAUUGGUUUUUACCCAUCGGAGGAGAAGAUUGAGGACAUGUUUAAUGAGAUCAAAUUCGGCGAAUACGUGGACACUGGGAAGCUGAUCGACAAGAUCAACUUACCAGAUUUCCUCAAAGUUUACCUUAACCAUAGGCCACCGUUUGGCAACACCAUGGAUGGCAUCCAGAAUAGCUUUGACGUGCUUGGUUUCACCAAUUCGGAAGGGAAAAAGGCUAUUCGGAGAGAGGAUUUCCUGAACUUGCUCCAAACUAAAGGUGAGCACAUGACAGAAGAGGAGAUGUUUGACUGCUUUGCGACUCUGUUUGGCCUGACUCCUGAGGGGUGGAAAUCCGAGCCUGCAGCCACCUUCACCAAAGAUCCAGAAAUCUGCCUCCAAAAAGAACUUCCAGAGGAAAUCACUGCAGAAAUAUUCACGACUGAAAUUCUUGGCUUAACCCUUUCCAGCGGCUCGGAACAGCUUAAUCAGUGAUGUCAUUGGCCAUGUUUGGCAGCACAAAGGGCUUUGUGUGUGUGCUUGCACAUGUGUGUGUGUGUGUGCUUGCACAUGUGUGUGUGUGCAUUUUCCAAGAGGUUUUCCUUUUUCUGUACGUGUCCACCCCCACCCUAGUCUUUGGAGCAUUUUAGACAUUAAAAACAUAUUUCUCUCAGGCA